AUGAGGGUCGCGUCAAGGCCUGGAACCCAGGUCUUUACCAGAGAAGGACCAUAUGCUCACCUGAAGCUGGAUGGUAUGCAUGAUGCUAUUGUCCAGGUCGAGGAGCACAGAAUCAAGGCUCGUUUCGGCCGUGAGGAUGAAGAUACAUUUAGCCUCAUCCCUUAUAGUCAAUUCCCUGACCCUUCGCAACCCUUCACUGCAUCCCCGAUUCCCUCCGAGGAAUUCAUAGGGCACUACCGCAACUGGCUCCCUUUCCGGCUCAUUGUAAGAGAUCGAGCUGGCCAGCCGGAGAAUGUAUUGAUCUCGGACGCAGUAAGGGCUGUAACCGGGAAUGGAGAUAACGGCACACGAAUCAGUGCUGAGGACGACCUACUAGCAGACGCUAUAAAGCUUGUUCAGACAGCUCGAGGGUCCAAGGCGCCUUCAUACUGUCUCUCUCGCGAAGAGAAUGAGUUGAAUCUUCUACCAAUGGCCUCAACAAAAUUAAACAAAGAGCUUGUUCGAACAUUUCUCCGAUUACUUUGCCGAUUCAAGGGAUCGGUCAGUGGAACACUUGAUGAUAAUCAGCUGAGAAACCGUUGGACAAACGUCAUGAUACAAGAUCCUCUUCUCAUGAAGGUUACUCUCUUCACCUCAGCAUGUUUUCUCAACGAGAUAGGUUUUAUACCUAAAUCUGUUGUUAUUGCUCUUCGGGGAAUAAUUUAUACAUCCCUCAACGAACAGCUCGCGUCGAGAAGGGAUCAGAUCAGCGAUGCUACCAUUCUCGCGGUUUGCGAAAUGGUGAUGGAUGAGUGGUUCUGGGGCGCCACAGAACAGCUUCAUGCGCACAUGACCGGCCUGAGAGUUAUGAUACAAAUGAGGGGAGGGCUUCGGGGACUGGGAAUGCAUGGUUAUUUGAGCAAGAUGAUCUUAGUGCAUGAUUAUGUUAUGGCCAUUGCCCAUGAUACCCUUCCAGAAAUGUACGGGCUGCCUGGUUAUGAGUUUGAUGACCCUGUCCUGGUACCAUUCGAGACAUCUCUGAAUUCUCCUCUCAUGGCCGAAGGCCCAUCAUUUGCCAGCUCCACGGGGAAACUGCAUCUACACCCGUGUACGGCAAUCAUUUUAGACGAGGUUCGCACGAUGAUACGUGCUAUAACGUAUCUACCGAUUGAUGCGACCGCGGAACAAAUAUCAGAAGCAGUCCAUGCUGCUCACUGGGUAAAUCAGAGAAUCGGCGAGCUGCCCGAGAACGUGUCUCUCAACCAGGUUUACAAUCUGAACAAGCCCACAGGAUCCACGGUUUUGAAAUCUCACAAAAGCAUGUCCGGAACUGCUAGUGAGACGGCAGACAGUCCUGAUAGUUCAGGGUUCACAAAAAGCGGGCAGUCACCGAAGCAGUCGUCGAGUUCAUCGGGUGUUGAAGCUAUUGAAAGGGAAACCCCAGAACUGGCAAACCCCGAUCAGAUGUACAGGCUAGUACGUCUGACAGCUUCCAUUUACUGCCGGGCCAUCAUCAACCGUGCACCUACAAGCGAGGUUUGCAGUGACGAUGAAUUCACAAGGCUUUGGCUACUUAUUUGGCGUAUACCGGUGGCUGCACGAAGAUCAAUUGUCGGAAUCUUUCUUUGGGCGCUCAUCGCCAUUGCCCCAAGUUGCCAUACGAAGGCACCGGCACGCUUUAUCAGAACAUUGAUCACCAACUCAUACCUGACUAUUGCAGUUGAAAAUUGGCAUCUGGGAAUCGAGGCCGCGAAUGCAGCCCUGAACCUGCAGAGGUGGCUAAGAGGCUCCUCGGCAACUGGAGGACUUAUAAUUGGUGGCGAGGGCACGAUUGAGAGAUACGGGUGGGCACAAAAGGAGGUAUUGGAAAAUAUAGCGACUAUUCACAAAGCUAGCAACCGUAGUAUGGAGGAAGAGGACGAGGACGAGGACAAGGACCAAAAUAAUGGGGAGGAUCACGUCAUGCGCAAUUAG